AUGGCCGUACCGCGAUCGGCACGAUAUCUGGUCUUUGCUCUAGUGGGUGUGACUUUCUUCUAUUUCCUCGUCUCCCGAUCAUCUCUUCAGAUCCCAACCACAGCCUCAUUCCCCUCAAGUCAUCCCACGUACGAAGAUUUCAAAGCACAGCGCCCACCGGUCGCUGGCCCAAACAGCCAUGAGCGUAUUAAUGCCACCUUUGUCACUCUUGCGCGCAAUUCCGACACUUGGGAUAUCGCCAGGUCUAUCCGAACCGUCGAGGACCGUUUCAACCGCAACUACAACUAUGACUGGGUCUUCUUGAACGACGGCGAAUUUAGCGAUGAUUUCAAGAAGCUCACCACCGCUCUUGUAUCUGGAAACACCUUUUAUGGUCGCAUACCGAAGGAGCAUUGGUCGUUCCCCGAGUGGAUUGACCAAGAUAAGGCCGCCGAAGUGCGGGAAGACAUGGGUCGCAGGAAGAUCAUCUACGGCGACUCAGUGAGCUACCGUCAUAUGUGCCGUUACGAAUCGGGCUUCUUCUUCCGUCACCCCCUCAUGCUCAACUACGAGUACUACUGGCGCGUGGAGCCCAGUAUCGAGCUUUUCUGUGAUGUUCCAACCGACCCAUUCCGCUUCAUGAAGGAGAACAACAAGAAGUACAGUUUCGUCAUCAGUCUGUACGAGUAUAUCGAUACUAUCCCCACUCUUUGGGACAGCGUGAAGAGUUUCAUGAAGAAGCAUCCGGAGCACAUUGCGGAAGACAAUGCCAUGGAGUUCAUCAGUGAAGACGGCGGUGAGACUUACAAUAAAUGCCACUUCUGGUCAAACUUUGAGAUCGGCAGCUUAGAAUGGCUGCGAUCCCAGCAGUACCUUGACUAUUUCAACUCCCUGGACCACGAUGGUGGCUUCUUCUACGAGCGAUGGGGCGAUGCGCCUGUCCAUUCUAUCGCUGCAUCUCUCAUGUUGAAAAAGGAUGAAAUACACUUCUUCAAUGACAUUGCUUAUUACCACGUGCCUUUCACACACUGCCCGACUACUGAGCAGACGAGGCUGGAUCUUCGCUGCCACUGCAAGCCUGAGGACAACUUCGACUGGAAGGGAUACUCUUGCACCAACCGAUGGUUCGAUAUCACCAAAAUGCAGAAGCCCGAAGGCUGGAACGACCAGCAGUAA